CUGCGGCAGAUGCUGCGGGAGCAGGGCUUGCUGGAACGCUACCUGAAGGAGCACCCCCACAACCGGGCCGCCAAGUACUUCCCCACCAGCUUCGCCUCCGAGCCCCUGACCAACUACCUGGACAAUGAGUACUACGGCACCAUCUCCAUCGGUACCCCGGCUCAGAAGUUCACCGUCGUCUUCGACACCGGCUCCUCCAACCUAUGGGUGCCCUCAGUCUACUGCACCAGCGAAGCCUGCGAGGACCACAACCGCUUCGACCCGUCGGACUCCUCCACCUUCGUCAGCACCAACGACAGCCUCUCCAUCGAAUACGGCACCGGCAGCAUGACUGGCAUCCUGGGCUAUGACACCGUCACCGUUGCGGACAUCAAGGUCACCGACCAAAUCUUCGGGCUGGCUGAGACCGAGCCCGGUGAUAUCUUCUACUACAGCCCCUUCGAUGGCAUCCUGGGGCUGGCUUUCCCCAGCAUCGCCUCCUCCGGAGCCACCCCUGUCUUCGACAACAUGAUGAGUGAAGACCUGGUGGCCAAGGACCUCUUCUCUGUCUACCUGAGCGGAGAUGACAAGAGCGGCAGCUUUGUCCUCUUCGGUGCCAUCGACUCCUCCUACACCACACACGGCAUCAGCUGGAUCCCCCUCUCUGCUGAAACCUACUGGGAGAUCACCAUGGAGAG